UAUGUUGGCUAGGUCGAUAUAAUAAUUUUUAAUUGUCAAAAAACUAGAGAAAAUAUUCAAAACGGCAUGUUGGCCAGAAUGCUCGCUAAGUUGGUCCUCAAAAGUCGCCAAGUGAAAAAAAUUGUCAAUCAUGAAGUGAAGUUGUUCCCAGCAAUUGCAUGCAGAAACCGCUUAAGCACUAGCAGACUGGUUGAUGCAAAUGAGGAUGUGCCAAGGUUUGCUGGGUGCAGGUCAAAGUUCACUAAUAAACUUCAGUUUAUUGAACCUGACCUUAAAGAGGGGAUUCCCGUUUAUAGGGUGAUGAAUAGGUCAGGGAAAGUGCAAGAUCAGAGUGAAGAUCCUCAGUUGAGCCAGGAAAUUGUAACAAAGAUGUACAAGGAUAUGACUUUGCUUAAUUCCAUGGACCAAAUUCUCUAUGACUCACAAAGACAAGGCAGAAUCUCUUUCUACAUGACAAGUUACGGUGAGGAAGGUGCUCAAAUUGGAUCGGCUGCUGCCCUCAAUCCUCAAGACCUCAUUUUCGGCCAGUACAGGGAAGCUGGUGUUUUCUUAUGGAGAGGUUUCACCCUAGAUGAAGUCAUGGACCAAUGCUACGGCACAGAGGACGACAAGGGCAAGGGCAAGCAAAUGCCCGUCCACUUUGGGUCACCUCAGCUGCAUUUUGUCACUAUCUCCUCGCCACUUGCCACCCAAAUGCCCCAAGCUGCCGGAGCAGCCUAUGCCUACAAGAGAGCUAAAAAUGGCUUGUGCGUCUGCUGCUACUUUGGAGAGGGCGCCGCUUCUGAAGGAGACGCCCACGCAGCUUUCAACUUCGCCGCCACACUCAAGUGCCCUGUUAUUUUUAUCUGUCGCAACAACGGGUUCGCCAUAUCAACACCGACCGCUGAUCAGUACAAGGGGGAUGGCGUAGCUAGCAGAGGCGAGGGUUACGGGAUGAACACGAUCCGAGUUGACGGUAACGACAUAUUUGCCAUGUACAAUGCUACCAGGGCUGCCAGGGAGCUAUGUGUUAAUGAGGGCAGGCCAGUCCUCAUUGAGGCAAUGACGUAUCGUGUUGGUGAUCAUAGUACGUCAGAUGAUAGCACAGUUUAUAGACUUAAAGAUGAAGUUAAAGCAAUCGCUGCUGAAGAUAAUCCUAUUCAUAGAUUAAGAUUGUACAUGGAAGAUAAAGGUUGGUGGUCACAGAAACAGGAAGAUGAAUGGAGACUUGAGUCUAGAAAAAAAAUCAUCCAAGCAUUCUCAAAAGCGGAACGGAAGAAGAAGCCAAACCCGGAGGAAUUGUUCCUAGACGUUUACAAAGAACUCCCUAAACAUCUGGCAGACCAAAUGACGUCAAUGAAAGAUCAUGUAAACAGAUACCGAGAGCACUACCCUGUAGAUAAUUUUAAAUCAUUCUAAUUUCAAUUCACUUUUAAAUCAUUUGUCACAUAUUUAAAUAUAUAUUGACAUAUAUACUUAUAUUUAUGUACGUCUAUGUUGUUAAAUUUAUUUUGAUCGCACUUGAAAAUGUUAAUCAUGUGUUUAUAUGAUUUUAUUUUUUUGUAGCUAUUACCAUGAUACAUGGAUACAAUCAUUCAUUCUCCUUAACGCAAUUUUACAAUUUACUUUUUGGUGAUGAAUUAUCUUUAUUGAAGUAUCUUUUGCCACUUACCUUACAACACGAAAUCUGAUCUGUAAUGGAAAUAGCGAAUGAUAUUGUCCAAUACGUUUACUAUCAUCUUAUUUUUUCAAUAACAAAAAAUGAAAAUCUUAUUAUAUAUUUUUUUUUUAUGUUUUUGCUUUAAAUUUUCAAGUACAUUAUACUAGCAAAAUGAAACCAAGUUGUCAGACUUUC